AUUAAUCGGUACAUCACUAUGUGCAUGUUUAUGUCUAAUUAAAAAUAAAAGCAUUGUUUUAGGCAAUAUGCAUUCGGAAAUGAUAGCCGCAAUUUUUGGUGCAUUGGCCUUAAGAUCUAUUAUAUCCAUGAACUCCUACUCUGGAUUUAACCAAGCGCCAAUGUUUGGGGAUUAUGAAGCUCAGCGGCACUGGCAAGAAGUGACAACAAAUUUAGAAGUAAAACAGUGGUAUACCAAUGGUACACAUAACGACUUGCAGUAUUGGGGCUUGGAUUAUCCGCCUCUUACAGCCUAUCACAGUUACCUAACUGGCCGUGUUGCUAAAUUACUCAAUCACAGCUAUGUCGAACUACACACCAGUAGGGGUAUUGAAACAAAGGAACACAAGAGUUAUAUGCGCCUUACAGUUUUAGCAGCGGACAUUCUAGUUUAUAUGCCUGCUAUUGUAGCUAUUUCUGUUUGCAUGGAUCUCACCUUUGAGAAAAAUUUGAAACAUCAUUUGUUGGUACUUCUUGCAAUUUACCCGGGGCAAAUUCUCAUCGACAAUGGACACUUUCAGUACAACAACAUAUCACUUGGAUUUUUAGCUAUAGCCGUCGCCGCGUUACUGUGUAACAGAAACUAUAUUGCCGCUUUCACCUUCACGUUGGCCUUGAAUUAUAAACAAAUGGAAUUAUACUACGCUCUGCCGUUCUUUACAUACUUACUGAGUACAUGCUUAUCACAAAACAGCUUACAAUUGUUUGUAAAAAAGCUUUUAAUGAUUGCGACUACGGUGCUAGCAACUUUUGCGAUCUUAUGGUAUCCUUGGUUAACUUCAAUUGACGCAACUGCACAAGUAUUGAACCGCCUUUUUCCUCUCGGACGAGGCGUAUUUGAAGACAAAGUUGCAAAUGUUUGGUGCAGUAUUAAUGUUGUUUAUAAAUUGAAAAAACACAUUUUGAAUCACGAGAUGGCUUUAAUUUGCAUAGGAACAACAUUAUUGGCAGUCCUACCAACUAAUGUGCAACUUUUUUGCAGACGAAGUAAAUACACUUUCAUAUUAACUCUAUUUAAUACGGCCGCAGCAUUCUUCCUGUUUUCGUUUCAAGUCCACGAGAAGUCCAUUUUGCUUAUUUCAUUGCCAUCGAUUUUCUUGUUUACCUGGUGGCCCAAGGAAAUGCUUUGGUUUCUAAAGGUGUCAGUUUUUAGUAUGACACCACUUUUGAAAAAAGAUAAUUUGAUUGUUCCAACAUUAGCAUUAAUGAUUAUUUUUCAUUUGACUUUCAUGUGUAGCUAUUUUGGAACUCACCAGAAUAUUAUGCUUCGAAAAAAUAUGAAAGGAUCAAUUAUAAAAAUAUCCGAAAUUUUAAUGAUAUCCAUUUUAUUUGCUUCUUUAAUAAUAGAACCGCCGUCUAUGUAUCCGGACAUUUGGCCAUUAAUAAUUUCUAUAAUAAGUUGUGCUCAUAUUUUUAUGUUUCUGGUGUGGGGGUACAUUCAACAGUUCACAUGAAUCGUAAUUUUAUUAAUGUUUAAAAUUGUAAUAUUACAAUUUUGUUAACUAAAUUAAAAA